UCUAUGACUGGCUUUGACCCCUUUGCCUGUCCAGAUGGACGAACAGAACCAAAAAAAAAUAUCUAUGACUGGUUUGGUGUCUUUGGAUGUUAUGUCAUAAAUGCAAAAAUUUUACGGAACCAGUCUUGAAAAUAGAGAUCAUUUUUAUAAAUAUGAAUUAAAGAAUAGGGUAAAAUGACAAGUCUUAUCCGCACCACUUUCGUGAAGGUGAUUUCACCUGUACAAAGUGGAAAAAUUGCAGGAUGUACAAUUCUGCAGAAAAGGGACAUCAUGGGCAAAGCUUUACGGGACUCACUCCCACCUCGCCCUCCAAAACCAGCCCCGUUUGAUUACGUUUCCAAGGAUUAUACCUGGUUGCGUAGUUUGUUUGAUAGAACAACACACAGGAUGGACGAGAACUCGAAGGUUAUCGUCGUUGAGGGUCCUGUAGCUUCAGGAAAGACAUCUUUCGCAGCUGCCUUAGCUGAAGACUUAGGUAUGAAGCAUUUUCCUGAAGCCAAUAUGGAUAUUCACUACAUUCAACAAGGAGUCGACUUGCGUAUUUUUGACGAUAAGGUUCCUGAAGACACUCGCACUUUCGAUCAUGUUAAUUUCAAUUGCUGUCCAACACACCGUCUUGCUGGUAAUUUCCAAAUUAUGAUGUACAUUGCAAGAUUUGGUCAAUACAUUGAUGCUUUGGCCCAUCUCUUCAACACUGGACAAGGAGUUGUGUUGGAACGAUCACCCCACUCAGAUUUCGUGUUCUUGGAAGCUAUGUUUUCGCAGAACUAUAUCAGUAGAGGAGUUAAAUCUGUAUAUUACGACCUGAGGAAUAUUUCUCUUGAGGAUUUGCUUCGUCCCCAUCUUGUCAUAUAUCUGGAUGUGCCUGUUACGAAGGUACAAGAAGCAAUAAUUAGUAGAGGUUAUAAACAUGAGGUGGAAGGCAAGGCACUGACCUGUGAGUUUAUUCAAGAAAUGGAGAGGCAGUACAAAAAUAAGUAUCUGCGUGAUAUUUCAACUCAUGCAGAGUUGUUGGUCUAUGAUUGGACUGGAGGAGGAGAAGUAGAAGUUGUUGUGGAAGAUAUUGAACGCUUGGAUUUUGAUCAAUAUGUACACCGUGAGGAACCCAAGAUGAAGGAUUGGAGGCUACCACGGGAGGUGGAGUGGGCAGACCAGAGAAUGACAUUCACCAACUACAAGCAUAGUUUCAUGAACCAGUUCAACCUGCCCAGAACCGAUGUGCCGGAGCUCAUUACUAGUGCAGACGACAUGUUCGAGUAUAACCAGGUCGUAUAUUCACACCCCAAACUGAAGUACUUGACUGGUUUCAACGUCGCCGGUGGAGAUGAUGGAGUCUUAUUUAAGAAUAAAACUCCAAAGUACGGAGAAUUCUUCUGAUAUAAAUAAUAUUCAUCUGAUUAUUUACAUUAAAUAAAUGUAGUUAUUUC